AACGAUUGAAAUGUUUAGAUAAGCCUUGUGGGCCCAUGUGCACGUCAGGGCUGUGGCCGGCCUUUCCCUUCCGUGCAUCGGCGACCACUUCGCUAGUUCACUGCAGCGUGGGGAGUGGAUCUCCGGCGAGCGCGAGACGAGCUCCGAUGGCGAGCGGAGGCGGAUACGCCUGGGCCCUCGCGGCGGGCCUCAACGCCGCGCUCGCCGCCAUCUCCGCCAAGUUCUUCGCUCCCACGUUGCUGAAAUACGGCAUGGUGAUACUUUUCAACGUGACAAUGUGGGGGUGCUACGUGAACAGCCUCAAAGCUUUGUCGUCCCUCCAGGCAACGGUCACCAACUUCGCCGCCAACUUCAUCUCGUCAGGUCUUGCAGGGUAUUUCCUGUUUCAGGAGCCUCUGCCUUCCAAGUGGUUUGCAGGUGCCAGUCUGAUCAUUCUUGGUGUGUUCAUCCUCAGCAAAUCAAGCAUUGAGGAGAAAGUGAACUCUGAUUGAUUGGGAGUUGCUACAAGUCUGUUAGCUGGGGCAUAAAUUUUUGAGCUUAUGCCACUAUUUCCAGUGGAUGUUUGCUCGUCCUGAUGCAAUGCUAAACAUCCGAAAAUAAUGUGUGCAUUUGGUCUCAGCUCAUCCACUAUCAUGUACACUAGUACGGUUUGAGAUCCAGCACCCAAUUUGUAAUUUGUAGGUAAGUGAGCACACGAUGUAGGAGUUGCUUGCUUUGCUUUUUUCCACGGGGAGGGCAUUUCAAACUGCUGUAGCAUUGUCGGUGGAUCUAUAUUUUGCAUUUCUCUUGUUGUAAUUUUGUGACAUCACAAUUAAGCUGAUCACAUACUAUUUCUAGUUUA